CACCCGUGAAACUUGCGUCAGAUGGUGAAUCGAAUCGUUUUCUCUUGCCAUAUGGCGUCUCUCGUCACUCGCAUUCUCGAUCAACUAGAGCGGUGAAGUGACGGAUGCGGACGGGCUGCUGCUUCUCUCUGCCGUCCCUCCAGACCGCCGCGACGACCCACUCCCUCGUUCGCGGGGUUGCAAACGCACCCUGGCUUUCCCACCCUCGUUCGUCGCGUCUCUUCCCCAUCUUCCUGAUGAGCGAAUCACACACCGCUGGCGAGCUUACGCCCGAGAUUGAGCGUCAUCUCGCUGGCCAAGCCCAACAAGCAAAAGCACACUCCUACUCACCUUACAGCAAAUUUCGUGUUGGCGCCGCUUUGCUCGCCAAGUCUGGCAGAAUCUAUUCCGGCUGCAAUGUCGAGAACGCCUCCUAUGGAGGCUGUAUCUGUGCAGAGCGAACAGCGUUCGUCAAGGCUGUGAGCGAAGGAGAGCGCGAGUUUGUCGCAAUCUUCAUUUCCAGCGAUCUCGAAGAUUUCAUCUCUCCGUGCGGCAUGUGUCGCCAGUUCAUGGUCGAAUUCGGAAAGGGCCUCAAGGUAGCUGCUUCUCCUGCCAUUACCCUGUGCUUCAGACCGGCUCUGGUGAACAGAGUAACUUUCGGCUGCCCGCUGGGUGACCGUUGUUGAGCCCCAUCGCCUAAAGAUCAUCCUCCAUCCUUAUCUAUCUCAAACCGUCCUCCUCUUGCUUUGGCGAGCCAGGUCUACCAAACCAGCAUCAACGGGACCUGGAGACUCCAGCGGCUGGACGAGCUUCUCCCAAACAGCUUUGGUCCUGAGGACCUGCAGCCACAAUAGGUCUGCCAGCCGCGGAAGUGAUCGCCCAGUCAGUGGAACUGUGUGCUGUUCUGAAGAUGUCGGCCAGGGCCCAAAGCGCAGUGCG